AUGGGCAAUGACUCGGCGGUGAUGGAGCCUGGCAACCCAGGCAACGAGAUGUCCUUUGCGGUGCUCUUCAAGAAGCUCGGGGUGGAGAAUUACUCCAUCUGCCUGGGCACCGGCCCGCAAGCGGACGGGUACCUGACGUGGAACGACCCGCACAUCCAGGAAUACCCUGAGCUUUUUGCAAGGCUGGAGGUGCCAGUCGAGAGCGGCUACUGGAUGGUUACGCUGACAGACUUUAGGUUGGGCAACCAAAUGAUCGCUUGCGAGAGCGGUUGCGGGGCAGUGCUCGACAGCGGCACCUCGCUGAUCGCAGCACCGUUCGAGCCGUUCUCUGAGUUGAGCAGCAGAGCAGACGAUCUCAUCACGGAUUGCUCUGACAUUACUGGGCUCCCUGAUCUGCAUUUCAAGCUGGACGGCGUGCCCUUCUCCCUCCCGCCCGAUUCGUACAUCGGCAAGGUCCACGGCAAGACGUCCAAGGACAUCUCGGCACACUUCCGCAAGUCGGGGAACGAGAACAGGUCCUGCCAAGCGGCGCUGAUGCACGUAAGCAUGGACUCGGCCAUGGGCGCACGGAUAUUGGGCAUGCCUUUCUUCCGCAAGUACUAUAGCGUAUUCUCCCAGCCGACGGCGAAGUCGGGGGCCGCCGUGUACACGACGCUCGCCAGCGAGGAGUGCCUGCCUGCGGCGGAGCAGGACGCAGCAGCUGCUGGCCGUCCACCGCGGGCCGGCGAGCGCCGCCCCGGCGCAGCCCGCCAGGAGACGAUCGACGCCUCCGCGCUGCACGUCCCCAUGUGGGCCACCGCCUACAGCGCCGAAGCCUACGGCCGGCCCGGGCAGAACCUGCUGUCCAAGGGGCGCGGGCUGUCGCGGUCCGCGGGGCGCAAGGUCGUCAGGGGAGUGCCCAGCCGCCUGCGCCACGACGCAGAGGAGGGCGGCGCGCACGCGCUGCUGGUGGAGCAGUGA